CCGUCGACGGAGACCGACCUGUAGCUUGCCCACCGACGGUGAGUGCCCUUGACGACAACCCUCGUGAGUCUCAACAACGAUGCAGAAGGCCUCCCCACUCGGCACCAUUCAGUUCAUGGCGAAGCAACGCAAGUCCACAACGACACCGGUGCACGAUGACAAGGAGGACUCUGUGCAGCCGAUGGCGGUACUACCUCCGACCAAGACCGGUUUGUUCAAAUCCAAGAUUCGCCUACCUUUCCAACGCGACAGAAUUGACAGCACAGUCUCUGACGCGCGCAUUUCCGAUGCAAGCGACGAUACGUCGGACGAAAAGGAGAAGCCGACACCAGCUCGUGGCAAGAAAACUCCACCGAAACCAACAGGGACGAGCGAAUGCCACAUGUGUCGGACACAUUUGGGACUUCGGCGGUACAAACACCAUUGCCGAAAUUGUGGCAAUUCCGUAUGCAGUUCCCACAGCAAGAACCAACUGCCACUGCCGCAGUUUGGUAUAUUGCGUGCCGUCCGUGUGUGCGAUCGGUGUACGAAGGAGGUCCUCCAGCAGCGUGUUGGUAUCAAGCGAGGCACCUCGUUGUUUCAAGAAAACGAGUCCACGACAAACGACUCAUCCAUUGGAGGCGUCCUCUACAGCGGUAUGGUCGAGGAGCAGGACGCCACGAUGGACAGUGUGCUGUACCUUGGGUCUCUGAAAAUGACCGGGCGGUCGCUUGCCAGCCGCAACAUGAACACAAACGUCGCGAUUUGGAAAGACCGGAUGCUGGUCAUCACGCCCGCCGAAAUUCUGUGCUUCAAGCACUACGCCGACACUGGGCUCGGGGAAGUGCGGACCACGGUGCACAUGACGGACAUCCUGCAUGUUUUCAUCAAUGAAAAGUACCCGACCAUCUUGACCACAGUGCGCGCAGACGGCCGAAUCUUCCGAAUUCGAGCCAAGGACAAAGACCAGUGUCAUGCCAUCCACAACAUCUUGGUGCAUACCAUGCAGCUUUUCCAGGAUGCGCUGUACAAACUCCAGCGCGGUGUGAGACCAGAGGACUUUUCUGUCACGUCCGUGACCGCUCAGCACGCUCCGACGUUGCCCGAGCAAGUCGUGAUGGCGUUUCCCCAGUUUGGCGACGUCAUGGCGGUCAAACUCUUUCCGUCGACCGUCGUCCGUGUGUAUGUGACAGGUCCCAUCGCGUCGGGGGUUGCUGCCUACACGUAUGACAUGCUGACAAAGAAUUGCUUUCAGCAACCCCUGUCGAGUCAUGAGGUUGUGCGGCAGUACUGCGAGAUGCCACAUUCGGUGGAAGACCCCCAAGGCCUCGAUGUGCAUGUCACGUCUGGUGAAUCGCACUCGAAGGUAAAGGUGGACUGGAUUGGGGGGAGCAUGGUCCUCGUGGUGGGUCUCGUGGGGCCCGUGGUUUUGCCAUUGAUGGUCGCAUCUUGUGUGUUGCUGCUGUCCAUGGCCAUUCUCGCCCCGACCACGAUUGAAUGGAUGACGCAUGUGGCCGUGAUGUGGGCGACUCGAAGCUGGUCCAGCGGGUUUGCCACCCACCGCGUCAUAAGUUGCAAGCAAGUGUCACUGGGGCCUAAGUGCGGCGCCGGUGGAAGCGCUGAGGAAGAAGACACCCCCGACAACGACUUGUUCCGGCGGUUUGUGGAAGGCGCGUCCGGGGACGUUGAGCUCGCCAAGAGGAAGUAUUUCUUCAUGAUGAACUGGCGCAAGGCGGAAGACAUCGAUAACAUUUUGGCAAAGCCCCACGAGAACUUUGCCACGUUCAAAGAGUGCACGGUGAGUUACAUCCACAAGCGCGACAAGUGUGGUCGCAUGGUUCUCUUCGACAAGUCAGGCACGAUGAAGAAGAGCAUGCAGGCACUGUUUGCCCGCGGCAUGACAGCAGACGACGGAUGCUACCACACGGCGUUUAUCAUGGAGUACCAAUGGAAGGUGCUCGAUCCGCGACCAUACCCCGACGGUCAAAUGCUUCGCAUCAUCGACCUCAAGGGUAUCUCCAUGGACGCCAUGAGCAGCGAGGUUUUUGUAUUCGUCAAGAAGCUCGGGUUCAUCGUUGGCCACUACAACGCCGAGCGUAUCUACAAAGUCAUCAUUGUGAAUCCCCCCGCAUGGUUCAAUAUGAUCUGGAAGGUCGUGGCGCCUUUGAUCAAUCCCAAGACUCGCGACAAGACCAUUGUCGUCCGAGGCGCGGCCGAAAUCACCAAGGCACUGCUGGAGUUUAUCGAUAUCGAAAAUAUCCCGCAAGAAUACGGUGGCGCAUGCAUGUGCGAAGGCGGAGGUUGCACGACGCACUCGCCCGAAGAAAUCGAGCUGCGCAACUUUGUGACGAAACUCAACAAUCGAGACGUUGCAGGCGCGCAAGAAUUGCUGCAGCAUAUUCGAGAUCGCCCGCAUACGCUCUCGGCUGUUCGAGAAGACCACCCAGAGCAACUUUUGUAAUAGAGUUUGGCGUCGCACCA